AUGGGCAAGAAAACUUGACAGACUGUUGACAAUGUAUCACAUUGUGAUUUUUGAAAAAACUAAUGAAGUAGAAGUGGUGCCUUCCAAUUGGGUCAAAGAAAAUGAAUGUAUGUGGCCACCAAAUAAAGUGGAUGUUGUAAAAGCCACAAAAAAUAAGGAGCAACCUGGUGAAGGAUGGACUCCACACAGGGUCAGAAUUAUAUUUACAUCGAACAGUUACAGUGAGGCAAGAUUAAAACUACCUGAAGCUGUCGAACACACAGACCUUGCAACAGAUAGGGAGGAUUCCCCAAUUAAACCCAAACGAAGAAGAAUGCCAAAGAACCUACUUUUUCCUGGAGAAGAUGAGGAUGAAGAAAUCAGUGUUGAUCAGUCAAAAGAUAAUGCAAAGAAAAGAAAAGAAGAACUGCCUAGAGCUCCGAAGAUCUUUCACUCAUUUUCUUCUGACUCCCAAAGGAUGCAGAAGACUGGAUCUACUCAGAAGUCUGUGUUGGCCAAAUCUAAGCCAACAAAAUUUUUACCAAAUAUCCCUCCUAAUUCCCAAAGUCGUCAUACUUCUAAUGUACCUAAGAGGACCCACACACAUUCUGACCAGUCUCGAAGAAACCAUGCAACUGCUGAUCCACUUGAGAGGAGCCGCAUUAACCCUGACCCGCUUCAGAGAAGCCGCACUUCUAACCAGCUUCAGAGAUUCCACACAAGCUGUACUUCUCCAAACUUGUCUGACAAUGAUUGCACUCCACCUGACCUGCUUCAGAGAAGCCAUGCUUCCCCUGAUUCACAACCGAGAAAUAGUGCAACUACUGAGCCAUUUCAGAAGGUCCAGACUUCCUCUGAUCCACUUCGAAGUGGCCACACAACUGCAGACGCAGUUCAGAGAGGCCGCAAUUCCCCUGAUCUGCUUCAGAGAGGCCACACAACUGCUGAGCCGUUUCAGAAAGUCCACACUUCCCCUGACCCGCUUCAAAGAAACCAUGCAAAUGCUGACCCGUUCCAAAGAAGCAACACUUCCCCUGACCUGCUUCAGAGAAGCUGUAUUUCUCCUGACUUGUUUGAGAUAGAUUAUACUCUCCCUGACCCUUUUCAGAGAAGUCACUCUCCCCCUGACCCACUGCAAAGAAGCUGCAUUUCCCCUGAUCGGCGUCAGAGAGGGAUUGUUUAUCACCAGCCACAAGGACUAUUAAGACAUCAAGCUGUUCUUGAUACUUCCCUCCUGCGUAACAUUCUCACAAAUCAAGAGAUCAUGAUGGACCAAAUGAAGAUAAUCUAUAGGACAGUUCAGGGUCUAAAAUCUGUCAGUGAAGAAGACAUAGGCCUUGAAGCAAACCUACUGCCAGUAGCUGAUCUUCAGUCUCUGCAAAACUUGGAGGAGCGAUUGAUAAAAUUUCCUGACUUUCAAAAGCAAUUGAUAAGCAUGUUGGCAAUGAAAGGUGGGACAGACACCAGAGAUGGAGUUUGGAGAAUAAUGACAGCAACAAUCACAAACUCCCUGGCCAAGAAUAUAAAUAUGCGUGGUGUUAAUGGGAAGAUCAGCUUUAAAAGCUUGCAGUUACGAAACAUUGUUCUUGCUGCUGUGUGAGAAAAAAUCGCCUCACACAACAUGCCACCGAUCAGGAGAUUGAAUCAACCAUUCAAAGAUGGCUUCAGCUUGCUCCUGAUCAAGAUGGAGGAAGGAGAGAGCGCUUAAGGAAAAAAGAGGCCCAAAUAGGAUCACUUUCUCCCACACACGCACAUUCUGAUGUGUAAAUUGUUUUAAUUUGCUAUAUGUUUGUUUAGAGUAAAUUAGAUUAUAAUGUUCAAAUUUCAGUACUAGAUUUCUUUUAGGAUUCAUUUAGUUAGGUAGUUCAUAUAGCGUUCACACAGUUGCACAACUCUAGCUGUCCUUUCUUUUCUUUUUUUUGGCUUGUGCAUUACUUAAGUAUGUAAGCUUGAACAUUUUGAAAUUAUAUGCUCUUUUACGGGUUGUAAUAAGAUGUUACACUUCGAAUGUACAAAAUAAAAUAGCAUUCACACUGUUACACAAUUCUAGGUGUAAUAUAUAUAUAUUUUUUGGCUGGUAUUAUUGUUAAAUAAAAUUU